AUGUCCACUAGCAAGACGGAGGCCUCUGCUAGCCCACCUGUGGAGAUGGAGGGAUCUACACAGCAGGCUAGCGUGGGGGAGCGCGUGGCCAGCCUUCCAGUCAUCAGCACCACCUGCCAAAUGCUGUCGGCCGCCUACAACGCCACCAAGGACAGCCACUCCCACAUCAGGAUUUUCUACGACAUGGCCGAGAAGGACGUGCAGAUGCUCUUGGAGGCUGCCGUCAGCAGGGUGCAGCCCAUCCUCGCCAAGCUGGAGCCCCAGAUCAAUACGGCCAGCGAGUAUGCACACUGGGGGCUGGACAAGCUGGAGAACAGCGUGUCUGUCCUGCAGCAGCCGCUGGAGAAGGUCCUGGCCGACACCCGAGCUGUGUCAUCCAAGGUAUCGGAGGCCCGAGAUGCCAUGUCCAGCGCCAAGGACAUGGUGGCCACCUGCGUGACGGGGGCAGUGGACGCGACCCGGGACACUGUGCAGAGUGGCGUGGACAGGAUCAAGUGUGCCGUGUCCAGCGGCGUCCAGCCGGUCAUGGAUUCCCGUGUGGGCCAGAUGGUGCUGAGCGGAGUGGACAUGAUCCUGGGCAGGUCAGAGGAAUGGGUGGACAACCACCUGCCCAUGUCGAACGCUGAACUAGGCUGCCUGGCCACAUCCCUGGACGGCGUGGACAUCGCGUCCCUGCAGCAGCAGUGGCAGGAGCAGAGCUACUUCAUGCGCCUGGGUUCGCUGUCUGAGCGGCUGCACCAGUGCACCUACCAGCACUCGCUGGGCAAGCUGCAGCUCAGCGGGCAGAGGGCGCAGGAGGCGCUGCUGCAGCUGGCGCAGGCCAUCUGCGUGGUAGAAACGGCCAAGCAGGAGGCAGGUCAGAAGCUGGCAGAGGGGCAGGAGAAGUGCCUCCAGAUGUGGCUCAACUGGCACAAGAAACAGCUCCCAGACGCUGAUGCCGAUGCAGCCAGGCCAGAGAGCUGA